AAGAUCUUGUAUUGAUCUUUAUCAAUAAGAGUUGAAUCGAUUUGUUAUGUUUGACUGGUUACCGGUCGUUACAAUCACUUCCGGUUACACCUGAGACAGACGACAGGAUGAGAAAAGUUACAGUAGUAACGGGAGCGAACAGGGGUAUUGGUCUCGCCAUCGUUCGGCACCUAUGUAAACAAUUUAGCGGUGAUGUGUAUUUAACAAGCAGAAUGUCAGAAAAUGGUAAAAAGGCUGUAGAAAGACUAAAACAGGAAGGUCUUAAUCCAAUAUUCCAUGAACUUGACGUCUCACAGCCAGACAGUAUUCGCAUGUUUGAAGAGUUCAUUAUCGAACGAUAUGGCGGAAUAGACAUACUUAUUAACAACGCAGGCGUCAGUUUUGGAAAGGAUAAAGUCCCAGUUUUCAGACAGGCACAACUUUGCUACGAAGUUGAUUUCAUGGGAACUUUAAACAUGUGUAAAAUAUUUCUUCCCUUGAUAAGGCCGCAUGGCAGAAUUGUUAAUCUUACGAACAGUUACAUCGGAAAGAAAAGUGCACUAGGUGAACAUGCGCAGAAUAAAUUGGACGUUUCAACAAUGUCGCUGUCAGAUUUGUGGCUAGUGAUGGACUUUUAUAUAAAAGCUUCAAAGACAGGAACGCAUGCAAAUGGUGGGUGGCCAGAAUCCCCUAAGCAAAUGACAAAAACCUUAAUAGUUGCAAUGACUAAAAUUUUAUCGCGUGAUUUAAAAGGCGAUCCAAGAAAGAAUAUACUUAUCAAUGCUUGUUGUCCGGGAUGGACUGAUACCGAUGGCAGUGUGGAGUUUCGGGGUGGGGUAUGCCAGGAUACAGCCUUACAGACAGCUGACCAAGCCGCAUCUGGUGUCGUCUGGGCGGCAUUGAUACGACCUGGACAAAGUGCUCCAAACGGCGAAGUUGUACAGAAAAAAGAAAUGAUAUCUUGCGACUUUUAGUGCAAAAGUGUCACACAGUAACUGCACUAAAUGGAUUUAGCCAUAGUUUGAAUUUUUUAAGAUAUCGCACGAAAAGAUCGAUUGUAAUCAUUAGAAGUUGAACAUUGUGUCAUACAAAAUCAAGAAAGAGAACAUAUGUUAACAACAAAAAAGUAAACUUUAGAAACAAAGUAAGCCCAGGGUCACACGAUGCUCCAGCUAUUCGUAACAUAACUUAAUUUAGUGUCACAAACUAUUAUAGAUUUUUAUUAAGUGUACUACACUCUUUACGAACUAAUUUUAAGGAAACCACCACGGAAACCAUGUUUUUCUUCUUUUUUGUUUCUAAAUAACAUGAAUGAGGUGCACUCAAUUAAAUGUUGUUGUCUAAUUGAGAAAAAAAAAUGUGAAUCCGUCCAGCAGACGUUUGUAAUUUAUUGAAGUGUAGAGGUAUGGAUGUAGAUUCAAUAUCAUUUUGUACAAAAUCACAAAGAAAACCAUAAAUAUAUCGGAUAAUUCAAUAGUGAACUUGUAGAAUUAAAUAUACUGAAUUA